UCCCCGACGCCCCGCAUCCUCAUGAUCGACCCGUCGCUGGUGUUCCCGGGCCCGGGGGAAGCCAUCAAGAAGUCGGGAUGGAACUUCAGGAACUUCCCUGAGGAUUCGGACGACCCGCAGCUGAAGAAGGUCAAGGAAACCUACGUGAAGAUGCACACGAACCAGACGCUGGACUACGUCAAGAAGAAGCACGAGCACUGGCGGAAGUUCGACAAGUUCGAGGCGAGCAUCAUGGAGGCGCUGCAGAGGCUGAACGCGCUGGUGGACGAGAGCGACCCCGACGUGUCGGUGCCCAACAUCGUGCACGCCUUCCAGACGGCCGAGCGCAUCCGCGCCGCCCACCCCGACAAGGACUGGCUGCAGCUCACGGGCCUCAUCCACGACCUGGGCAAGGUGAUGGCGUUCUACGGCGAGCCUCAGUUCUCCACCGUCGGCGACACCUUCGUGGUCGGCUGCGAGGUCGCGAAGUCGGUCGUCUACAGGGACACGACCUUCCACGACAACCCCGAUAUGAAGGACCCGAAACUUAAUUCCAAAUACGGAAUUUACGAACCCAACUGCGGCCUUAGCAAAGUGUACAUGUCUUGGGGCCACGACGAGUACCUGUACCACGUCCUCAAGCACAACAAGUCCACGCUGCCGGAGGAAGGUCUCUACAUGAUUAGAUUCCACUCCUUCUACCCCUGGCACACGGGGGGAGACUACAUGCACCUGUGUGACAACCGCGACCUGGAGAUGCUUCCUUGGAUCAGGGAAUUCAAGUGAGUUCCCUGAAGCCGCUUGGGGCC